UCAACGCAGAUUGAUGCAAACAAAUCGUCAUCCAGUAUGAACACGACCCGUGACGCUCCAUUGGAGCUGGAUGCUAGGCCAUUAUGGUCGACGAUUCUGGUGACGGGUAUUGUUGCAGCGUUGGGCUACUUUGUAGUGAAUCUGGUUCAGCGACGACGAUUCUAUAAAGAUCUGCCUAAACCACCGCACUCCUUCCUCUGGGGCCACCUCAAGUUCAUGGGCGAGACCUUGGCCCUCCUGCCCAAGGACUGCCACGUUCAAGUCGCCGUAACAACCAUGAGCCAGAAGUACAAGCUCCCCGGGAUCUUCUACCUCGACCUCUGGCCGGUCGCUCCAAGCAUCUGUGUCGUCACAGACCCCGACGUCGCGCUCCACAUGACAGUGACACGGAACCACGAGAAGCACGCCGAGGAAAAUCGGGCUGUCGAUCCCAUGAUCGGCAAGGGCAACAUUGUUACGGCUGAGGGCGCAAGGUGGAAAAAGAUGCAUAAGAUGCUAGCUCCUGCGUUUGCGAUCAUGCAUGUUACCAACCAGAGGCCGAUGGUUGCUGAGACCGUGAUGGAGUUUCGCGCCAUCUUGAAUAAGCUUGCUGAGACAGGCGAGGCCUUCGAACUCGAGAAGUACGUGGAGCGGCUCACACUAGACAUUGUUGGUGAAGCGACGUUCGGUCACUCCCUUGGCGCUCAAACGAUGGGCAGUUCUGUGAUGCAGCAUUGGGAAGAGAUGAGUCGAGCUAACAUGCAGACGCGGACGGGAUGGCGGAUCGAUUUCGUAAGGAACUAUCUGGCGAAGCAGAGACGGGAGACGGCGAAGAUGAAGCUCGACGUCGCAUUGGCUGAACUCGUUGAAAAGCGAUUUGACUACGUCCAGAAAAAUGAUGUCAGCUUGGAGAAGCGGAAAGACAGCAUCAUCAUGGACCUGAUUCUGCGAGAGUAUCUGCAAGAGACACAUCAGGGUAGUCAGAAGCGUAUGGAUCCGGAGUUCCUGGAGGACGUGUUGACCCAGAUACGAACGCUUGUUGUGGGAGGCACAGGCACGACGACGGACACGAUCUGUUUUGCGUACAUGCUCCUCUCAGCCCACCCAGAAGUUGUCCAAAGGCUGAGAGAGGAGCAUGAUCGAGUGUUCGUCUCAGGUAUCGAUGCCUCACACGACAUCUUGUGCUCCGAGCCAUACAAGCUCAACAGCUUGGAGUACACCACCAACGUUAUCAAGGAAACGCUGCGCCUGUUUCCGGUGGGCUGUACGGCUCGCAGAGAGCACAGCGAUGGCUUUCUUCCGUACGAGGGCCGACAAUACACCACGAAAGGCUUCUUGAUCUUGCCAAUGCAGCACACGAUGCACAUGAAUCCGGAGAUCUUCCCAAACCCGAAGGCAUUCGAUCCGGAUCGUUUCGCGCGUGAGGACUUCGUGCGCCAUGCCUGGCGACCAUUUGAGAGAGGACCCCGAGCCUGUUUGGGCCAACCGCUGGCUAUGGACGAGAUGAAGAUCAUACUGCUCUUGACAGUUAGGGAUUUUGACUUCACAUGCGUUGAUCUCAAGCCAAACAAGACGCCUCGAGUGCUGUGGACAGACUUGGACCUGACAUUCGGUGACCGCGCGUUCCAAGAAUAUGUGUUUGAGGCGAAACCAAGAGACCAUAUGCCAAUGAGCGUGAAGAAGUCAGAUUGGGCGUAG